AUGCUCUCUGCACAUAAUUUAUCUUUUAUUGGCUUGGUGGAAUCUAAAAAAGAACUCAUCGAUGAAUUUCUUGUUAGGAAAAUAUGGCCUAAUCUAGAUUUUUCUUUUGAUUUUGUUCCUUCUAUUAGUGCUUCGGGUGGUUUGUUGCUCAUUUGGAAUAAGGUUUUAUUGAAUAAUUUUUCUGUUUCGAAGGGUGCUAGAUGGAUUUGUAUGGAUUUUGCUCAUAAUAAUGACUUGUAUCGUCAUGUCCUUAUUUGUGAUAGUAACGUGACAUAUGAUAGAUCUUUAUUAUGGCAUGAAUUGAACCACCUUAUGGGUUUUAUGGGUAUCAUUUUUUCUAGUGGUGACUUUAAUGAAAUCAUGGCUCUUGAAGAAAGGUUGAAUAGUACGGGUUUUACUGCAUUGAUGCUAGCUUUGCGUGAUUUUGUCAACAACUGUGAAUUGCUGGAUCUACCUCUGCAAGGAAGGCUUUUCACUUGGCUAAACUCUUACUCCAAAUCUCGUAUAGAUAGAUGUUUGAUUUCGGCAACUGCAUGUCCUUUGUGGCCGAAUAUGACCUUAACUACUCUGCCGAGUGGCCAAUCGGACCAUGUUCCUAUUUGUUUCCGCUCUGAAAAUGGCAUAGAUUGGGGUCUAAAACCGUUUAGUUUGGUUGAUGCUUGGUGGGAUCAUAAUUCUUUUGGUGGUUUUGUCAAUGAUAGUUGGAGUUUGCUAAGAAAGUCAAGGACCUUUUGCAAAAAAAUCCAUCCAGAUGAUAUUGCCGGAAAGAGCAAUUUGAAGAGGAGAAGACCGAGUAUGGGUGAUAAGAACACGAAGUUUUUUCACAGCAUAGCUUCGAAUCACUAUAGAAACAAUUACAUUGCUUCUUUUCUGGUGGAUGGGAUUAUUUAUACUGAGCCUCAGGAUAUCUGUUUUCAUAUCAGAGAGUUUUACUAUAAACUCUAUAGUCGGCAGGAUACAACCGAUUUUGUCAUCUCUGUUUUAAACUUUGCAACACUCAACACUGUGGAGGGGGAUUUUUUGGUUAAAUCUUUUGAGGAGACCGAAGUCUUCCAUGCUCUUUGUUCCUGUGGUAUAAAAAAAGCACCGGGUCCGGAUGGUUUUAAUUUCUAUUUCUAUAGAAAAGCAUGGCCAGUGAUAAAAAAGGCUAUCAUGGAAUUGUUUGACAAUUUCCAGCAUUUUAAUAUUUUACCCAAAGACAUUAAUUCAUCUUUUGUGGUUUUGAUUCCUAAAGUAGAAGGUUCAACCAAUAUACAAGAUUACCGUCUGAUUAUCCUUGUCAACGGUAUAUAUAAACGGCUUUCUAAGGUGCUUUCUCGAAGACUUGCACCAUUGCUCUCUAGUGUGAUUUCAGCCAAUCAACAUGUCUUUUUGAAAGGUAGAAGUAUCUUAGAAUGCUCUACUAUUGCGAAUGAGCUGAUCCAUGUGGCAACUCGGCGAAAGGAAAAAUUACUUGUUCUCAAGCUUGAUUUCCAAAAGGCUUUUGACAGUAUAGGUUUGGAUUAUUUGCUAUCUGUUAUGAGUUGCAUGAAUUUUCCAGAGAAGUGGAUUAAAAAGAUGUCUUGGUGCUUGUUUUCGGGUUCUACGUCUGUGCUUGUGAAUGGUAGUCCUGCUAACCCAAUUCCCCUUAGGAGAGGUGUUCAUCAAGGAGAUCCAAUAUCACCUUAUUUAUUUCACAUUGCGGUUGAGGGGCUUCCUCUCUCGAACAGGACGCUCUCUACUUGCUCUUGGCAUCCAGUGGUAGAACGAUUCAAAUCUCGUAUGGCUUUGUGGAAAGGUUCUCUAUUAUCUCCGGCUGGAAGGGAGAUAUUUCUUCUAGGGUGUUGUCUAAGGUCUCUUGAAAAUCUAUUUGCCAAGACUUUAAAGAUGGAGGUGAGAAUUAACAAUAGAGAAUCGCUUUGGUAUAAUACUAUCUCAAGUUGUUCAAACAUCACGAAUUGGAACUCGUUGUUUAAUGGUGAUGUUAAAAAAAUGUCCUUCAUUUGGAAAGGAAUAAAAAAGGCUUGUUGUACUGAAAAUCGUGCUUGGAGAACUUUUAUUAACACUUCAAAUACAAUGUUGGAGAUGGGUGUUCAAUUUCCCGUUGGAAUGACAAUUGGAGUGGUUUGGGUCCUUUCUGUUUUUUGCUACCGCGUCAUUAUAAUCUUUCGACUAAAAAACAAGCAACUAUUGGUGUGGUUUGGAAAGAUGGAUGGAGAUGGAGAAGAAGGUUAA